AUGAAGCUCCUCAACGCGAUCCUCGCCUUUGCCUCAUUCGCAGCAGCUGCACAUGCCGCCUCUGUUGAUGCGGCUGCCCCGAUCGAGGCGAGACAGGCUGCCAGCCCAUGCUACUCUAACCAGAAGUUGACCUGGAACACGGGCCAGAUCCCAGGCAGUGGAGGAUGGGCUUGUGCCACAAACAACAAUGGCGGCUGCAGGGCAUACUACUACAAGGAGGAGCUACCUUACUACAGCUGUGCUUAA